GAGAGAGAGAGAGAGAGAGAAUGCGGGACUCUUGGAAAAAGACGCAUCUUCACUCGGUCCAUUACCGACAUCCCGAGCAGGGUGCUGGCGAGGAUUUAACGCGUAAUUGAUGCCCGUGCUGGGAUCUCCCGCUUCUGCUCGUCAAGAAAAGGCGCUAGACUAACUGCCUCGCUUGGUUACUUUUUAACCGUGAGCAUUUAAUAAAGUGGCUGCGGGAAGCACUGGUGUCCCCUUCCAAGUUGCGCGUCGGAUUCCGAUGGCUUGGCACGUUGCUCCGCCACUGCGGGGAAAGAAAGCAGAGGCACCCGCCGGCUCCUGAGCACGUUGGAUUUAUAUAUAAAUAUAUCACGCUGGUUGAAGAGCCCAGCAAGAACAGGACUGAGUUGCAAUAGGAGUUGAACAGACAGGAGAAUAAAGGACGUAAUAAGACAUCGGCCAUCAGUUGCAAAGAGUGUCGGUCAGAAGGGAGAAAGAAUAAAUCAAACACCCACGCUGUGGGCUACAACACUUCACUAAAGACAGAUAAAGAAAGAAGAGGCAAGCCAGGUGGUGAUUCAAGAGAGAAAACACUGAGGAGAGAGGCAAGCAGAGCAGGACGGAGCCAUGCAUCGACUUGGUGCAGUGCACUCCUCGGUGCAGGCUUUCAGCCUGGUGGUCUUACUGCUGCUGCAGCUGCUGACUCAGCUGCCAGGUGCACGCUCAGCCCUCCGAUACCGGGUAGCGGAGGAGGGCCCCCCUGAUGUUAAGAUAGGCAACGUGGCCGCAGACCUGGGCCUCACAGCGGGUACGGGCAGCGGGGACGUCACGUUUGCCUUGGAAAGUGGCUCCGAGUUCUUCAAGAUCGACAACGUGACCGGUGAGCUGACUACAGGGCCGAGACGUAUCGACAGGGAGAAGAUGCCCCAAUGCCAGAUGAUAUUUGACGAGAAUGAGUGCUUCUUGGACUUUGAGGUGUCUGUGAUUGGCCCCCUACAAAGCUGGGUGGACUUGUUUGAAGGCCGUGUCGUCAUAACAGACAUCAAUGACAACACCCCUUCCUUUCCGUCACCGGUGCUCCAGCUCUCAGUGGAGGAAAAUCGCCCAAUCGGCACGCUUUACUUGCUACCCACUGCUACAGAUAGGGAUUUUGGGCGAAACGGUAUCGACCGCUACGAGCUGAUCCAAGAAGGUGCAACUGGGUCAAGUUCGGCAAGACGGGCGACGGCUGGAAAUCCCAUUGGUAGAGUAGAUGGACUUGGGGAUAGGAGGGGUAGGAGUGGAGAUAACGUGGGAGGAGCCAGGAGCACUGUGUUUGAACUCCAAGUGGCAGAUAUACCAGAUGGUGAAAAACAACCUCAACUCAUUGUCAAAGGCACGUUGGACCGCGAGUUGAAGGACUCCUAUGAACUGAUCCUACGGGUUCGAGAUGGAGGGAACCCUCCACGAUCAUCUCAAGCUCUGCUGCGGGUUUCCAUCACAGAUGUAAACGACAACAGCCCAGUGUUUGAAAGGCCCACAUAUGAGGCGGAAAUGGCAGAAAAUGCACCUCCGGGAACCCCAGUACUCCAGGUGAGGGCUUCAGACCGUGACAUUGGUGUGAACGGACAGGUGGAGUACGUCUUUGGAGCGGCCACAGAAUCGGUCAGGCGGCUGCUGCGACUGGACGAGGCAACUGGAUGGUUGAGUGUUCUUCACAGGAUCGACAGGGAAGAGGUGGCCCAGCUAAGGUUCACGGUCACGGCACGGGACAGGGGUCAGCCGCCACGCUCCGAUCGAACCACGGUCAUUUUGGCAGUCCGUGAUGAAAACGACAACGUCCCGGUUGUCGAGAUUCGAAAAAUCGGACGAAUCCCAGUACGAGACGGAGCAGCAUUGGUACCCGAGAACGUUCUGGUAGACACUCCAGUCGCUCUGGUUCAGGUUUCGGACAGAGACCAAGGAGAAAAUGGAGCCGUGACCUGUACCGUUGUCGGAGAUGUGCCAUUCACUUUGAAGCCAGCAGGUGAAACAGCUCUCCCACCCUUACCUGCAGAUGAAGCCUUUGACAGGAACAAGAAAAAAUUCUUCCUGCAUACUUCGGCCUUGCUGGACUACGAGGUCACCAAAGAGUACAGCGUCACUAUUGUGGCAGUAGAUUCCGGAAGCCCGAGUCUUUCCAGCAACAGUUCCCUGAUGGUGCGAGUUGUUGAUUACAAUGACCAUCCCCCAAUCUUUGCCCAAAGUGUAGUGGAAGUCCACUUUGCAGAAAACAACUCUCCCAACGAGAGGGUCGUCACUGUGGUGGCCGCAGAUGCAGACAGUGGCAAGAACGCAGAGAUCGCGUAUUCACUGGAUCCCGUUUCAAACGGGCCGUUUCAUAUAGAUCCGGAUAAUGGAGAUAUUCGGGCUACUGGCAUGCUGGACCGAGAGCAGCGCGACAGGUAUGAACUCAAAGUUAUUGCGAAGGACAAGGGCACCCCUCCUUUACAAGGUUCAGCCACUGUUGUUAUUCAGGUGACUGACCGCAAUGACAAUGCGCCAAAGUUUGUCCAGGAAGUUUUUACAUUCUAUGUCAAAGAAAACCUGCUUGCCAACAGUCCAGUCGGCAUGGUCACCGUGACAGAUGCCGAUGAAGGUGAGAAUGCAGAACUCACUCUUUUUGUUGAAAUGGAUGGACUGGAGGAGAAGAAGAAUGGAGAGAAAAGUAUGGGAGACGAUGGAGAGAAGGAGCAAGGGGAGAUGUUCUCCAUCGAGAACAACACGGGCACCAUCUUCUCCACGUUGUCAUUUGACCGUGAAAAGCUUUCCACCUACACCUUCCGUGUACGUGCCGUUGACGGAGGAGAGCCUCGUAAAACCGCCACAGCCACCGUGUCACUCUUUGUGACCGAUGAGAACGACAACGCCCCCUCCAUCACAUCUCCAGCCAACGAUUCCUACACGCUGCUGCCACCUGCAAGUAGUGCCCGCACAAUCGUCAGGACUGUGACAGCCAUAGACUCAGACACCGGCCCAAAUGCGGAUCUUCACUAUGCAUUAGUUGGAGGGAAUCCCUUCAGAUUGUUUGAGAUCGGCCACUCCAAUGGUGUGAUCACACUGGCAGAGCCACUGGAACGGCGCCACAAAGGUCUGCAUCGCCUGGUGGUCAGGGUCAACGACAGUGGAGCCCCCUCGCUCUGCGCCACCGCCCUGGUCCACGUCUUCAUCAACGAGAGCUUGGUCAACGCCUCUCUAGUGGACGCCCAGGUAAGCCGAAGCUUGCAGGCUCCACUGUCACUGGACAUUGCAGGAGACCCAGACAGUGAGCGUGCAUUAGGUAAACAGCGGCUCAGUGUCGCCAUCGGUGUCCUGGCGGGAGCCGCCGCUGUCAUCCUGGUCAUCCUCCUUGUAGUCACGGCAAGGCAAUGCGGCGCUCAAGGCAAGAAUGGCUACGAAGCCGGUAAGAAGGAGCCCGAAGAAGAUUUCUUCACUCCGUCAGGGGCCCAACCGCAGGUCGGCCGUGGCGGCGGAUCCGACCGAGGCCGUAAACCUCGACGGGACAAGCGCAAUGGAAGCGGUGGUGGCACCGCAGCCGGAGCUGGCAAGUCAGACAGGUCACUCUACAGCGGUAUCGUCACCGUAAACGGGCUUCGCCGCCACCCUAAUGAUGAUGAUGAGGAGGAGGAUAUUAGCAGUGCGAGUGAGCGUCUGGCAGCACGCUACUGCGCCGUGGACGGUGACCCCGGCAGUCCGAGAAUGGGCGGUGGCAGGCGGCACCAGUCAAGCCCGGAUUUGGCCAGGCACUACAAGUCCAGCUCGCCUCUUCCUGCAGUCAAUCUCCAACCUCACUCCCCUCCAGCUGAAGGGAAGAAGCAUCAGGCAGUCCAGGAGCUGCCGCCCUCCAACACCUUUGUGGGCAGCGGGGGCUGCGUGGGGAGCACCGGCUCUAGCAGCAGCAGCAGCGGGGGCAGCGGGAAUGGCGACGCCAUGUCCCUGGGAUCAGACCAAUGCUCGGAGUACGGGUGCCAGACUGGGAACAAGUACAACAAACAGGGGACCCUUCGCCGGGUGACCUUCUCAGUGGUAAACCAGGCCCAGGACCCCAGUUGCUAUGACAGCGGCCUGGAGGACUCGGAGACCCCCAGCAGCAAGAGUUCAUCUGGGCCACGUUUAGGAGCCCUGCCGCUGCCCGAGGAGGGUUAUGAACGCACCACACCCGAGGGUAGUGUGGGGGAGGAGGAGCAUGUGGAGAACGAUGCUAGGCAGCUGCCAGAUGUGGCUCUAACCGGAAAGUGUACGCGAGAGUGUGAUGAGUUCGGCCACUCUGACACAUGCUGGAUGCCCGUCCGCCCGUCUCCUCGCCAGCGCCAACGCCACGGCAGCGACCCCCCGCGACUCUCCACCUUUGCCCCCGGUGACGACAACAACAAUCUGCGCGGAAACGACCACGAGAGCGACAGCGAGAGCGCGGGCAGUGCCGGGAGUUCAGAACCGGGUGUGGUCAUGGCGGGAGAAGGUCAGAGGUUACCACUAGUCAACGGCGAUCCUUUGGGCACCCUGGGAAGAGCCAACAAGAACAUGGGCGACCACAAUCGGAACCUUCUCAACCGAAAGAUGACCUCGGCGUCCUACGACACCUUCAGCAGCGCUGGCUUCGGGAGGCGCCAUCCAGAUGAAGAAGGAGGAGAAGGAGGCCAGAACCCAGCAGAGGUCAUACCGCUGACCCGGACUGGAGGGGACUACAAGACCACGUCCUGCCUCACGUUGUCACGCCGUGAAGUCUACCUGUGACCUCCUCCUACGGCAGUAAUCACUCCAAGCGGCCCCAUCCCAAGAACUUGUUCGGAUGUGAAAAUGUUGAUUGGGUUCCCGAAAGUUGUACAUGCGUUUGAAACUUCAGGAUUCUAAUAUUUAUAGGCACUUAAACUUCACCGAGUGAUGGAUCAAAUAUUUUGAGAGCUCCUGCCUGGAGUAUUUCCCUUUCAAAAAGAAAGAAAACAAGAAAAAAAAAAAAAUCAGGUGUGGAAGCUGCCUGCAGGCGAUAAUUCUAUUACGUCCAUGUGGGGGAGGAAGACUUCAUCUCUUCUUCUUUUUUUACCUGAACCUGAUGCAUGCCUGACCUUCUGCCACUGAGGCAACUGUGGGAAGAAUAGAGUGCGGGAAAGACAGAGACUGAGUAAAUCACAGUGCCAUAAAGGCUUCAGUACAAAAUAAAACUUUUAAGACUCUAUCGUCAAACAUUCAGUCACGUCCAGUCAGAAUAAAUAAGUAGGAAAAAAAAAACAUUAACUGGGGCAUUUUAGUUCUAUUUCCGCAUUUAUUAGCGCCACACUGGAAUACAAAAUAAAAGGAAAAUUAGAGGAAAAUUCGUUAGUAAGAGUAAGAUAAAAGCGUAAUAUUACAAGAUAUGUGUGCUGUUUCACUAAUAAAGUGAGCAUGUUACAAUAAAACGUCUGUAAUAUUCCGUAGAGAAAGUCAGCUUGGUUGCAAAAAUUGAUUAAAAAAAUAAGAGAGAGAAGUACAAUAAUAAUUCAGCAGUACGAGAACAAAGUCAUAAUAUUGCGAAAAUAAGUUGUAAAGUUCAUAGAUUAUACUCGUCAUCUUAUAUCGAAAAAGUGAAUUUGUUAUUUUACUGUGAGUAGUGAAUUCCCACGAGAACAGAAAAGGCAACAGUCCAAGUUCAAUAUCUGCUGUCUCUCGUAGAGGCCCGCUCUAUAUUAAUUACAGAAAAAGCCAAAUAAUAACAAUACCUAGCUCAACUAAUUAAAUAUUUUCAGUGAGGUUAGCUAGGAAUACUUUUCCACACAAUCACAUCGAACUGUACAUUGUCAUAAAAUAACAACUUUUUUUGUAACAUUAUCACUUUAUGCUAAGAAAAAUGAGCAUUUCCCCAUAACAGUACAACCUGUGGUCCGUAAUAUUUUUACUUUAUUCUUCUCAAGUUUGUUUUUCAGUGUGGCCCUAAUACUGCAUUGAUUUAUACCAGUUAGACACAAAAUAGAUACAAAUACAUUAAAAUACCUUGAAGAGUAGCUCACAGCUUGGAAACAUGCUUUGUACCUUAAAAUGGAUUAUAACUGUACUUUAACUUCUGACACUGUGUACAGUUACAUCCGAAAUAAUAUUAAUGAUCCUUAAUGCAGGUUCGCCUUCAUUUGUAUUAACAGACGGCAACAAUGUGAUUUUUUUUUUAUAAUGUAACCACUCAGAACACAGAGCAUCAAAAAUAUCACGGCGUGUUGCCUUCGCAUCCAGCCUGUAUGUAUAUAAAGUAUGUGUGCGUUAGAGAACAAAGCGGAAUUCUAUGCUCACCUACAUGACCCGCAACCCACGUGAGCUUGCGGCCACGUGAAGAUAACACAACCCAUGCAAAAGCAUUUACACAAACUGGAAUUUAUACGCAGUGACAUUGUAACAUAAAGACAAAUGGGCAUUCGGUUUUCAUGCAGAAGCAAGCACACUAUCAUUCGGAGGCUGUUCAGUCAUUAUGCGCUGUUUAAGUGCAACACUUUGCCUGAUCCCCCUCCAGCCAAUAUUUAAACAUGCAAUGUAUUCAAAUCACAUCUUGCUCCAUUAAAAGGAAUUCCAUCUACUGUAUGUAACAUUAGACAACGCGCAGAUAAGACAUAUUCAGCAUAAUGUAAGUAGGACUCAUAGGAAAAGGACUGAAAAUAAAAGCUGACUCUGCAUGAAAGAUAAUGCUAACUACUUCUUUGCUUUUUUUUUUAGAAAAAAAAAAAGGAGAAAGAUAGAAAACCACGAGCCUUUUUUGGGAUAACAUGCCUAUUUGGAUACAGCUGUAUUAUACGUGUGUGCUUACAGGGAAAUGAAGAUAAUGUUGGCAGAAAGAGAGGUGACAUCAUAAAAUGGAGGGUGCACAAAACAACCUGGAUUUCAGAACUCUUUUUUGUAUUAUUAUGAUUACCAAAUGGUGCCAACCCGAACCAAGCGUGCAUGAACUCCCUCAUCCUUCCCGCGGAGGAUCGGCUGUGGAUCGAGGCCAGCGCAUCUUAAUUCCCAUCAUCAGAGUGUGGAUAGGGAUAAUAGGGUUAGCACGUCCCUCUGCUCUUAAUGAGUUCCUUUUCUGGCUCUUCUCCUCCCUUGAUCUACACAUAUCUUAUUAUGAACGUCUCAACGUGUGAAUGUAAGCGGAAAUUGUCAGGAAGCGUGUCUGUUCUGGAAACGCUGACGUUUCAAAGGUUGCUGCCACGGUUUUGUUAUGAUUCAGAUGGGAGUCUUGAUAAGGAACUUUAAGUUGGGAAAUAAGAUGGAAAGGGGCACGUUUUAGGUGCAUAAUGACACUUUGUAUACAUGUAUAUAACCUCGCCUCAAGAAAUAUGUGAUGGACACCCCUGAGCUUGACUAUCCAUCCUGGAGCUGUCUUUAUCUCCAAAUCUACUGAGCUUUGCCCCUGAUGGACUGAGGAUCAAUCUACUGACAUGGACGUUCAGAUGGGAUUGUUGGAAAUGCUCCUGUCUCAUCAGGAUUUGAACAAUUUUUUUUCACCCCUACCCUGCUCUUCAAACUGCUGUUUUAAGGCAGUUUCAUUAUUGCACCUUUCAAGGGAACUUACUGUAAAUGAAUCCAUGUGGGUGUGUAUGCUUUUUUUUUUUUUUAUAAUAUACUGCACGUUUAAACAUGUUUCACUACUGCAAAAACAAGAGGGGAGGAUAUUUUGUCAGAUGGGACAGUGGACAUUUGUCAUCCCUCUUGCGCUGUUUCACUUAUAGCCAUGUACAGAUGAAACGACACUGUAGAACACACAACUGGAGACCAUAAAGGACAAUGGCAUGCUUAAACUCUUCGAAUCUGCACUUACAGUGAACAAAAAAAAAAUAUAUAAUGGGCGGUUGGGAUUUUUUUUAAUUCUUAUUAUAAUUUUUCUCUUCUUGUUUUUUUUUUUUCUUACACGGCUCACUGUUUUUUGCUGUUCCCUUCCUCUUAUCAGCAUAAGAACUAAUUGCAUUUGCUAUGACAAGGAUGCAAAGGACCUGUCGGCACACGGUUUGGUAUGAAGACGAAUCCUGUAAAAGUUUGAAUUUGACAUUAAAAACGUCGAACACUCA